ACAGUAUCUAUUAAUGAUCAAACAUCAAUGAAACGAACAAAUUCUGUAUCAUUACAUCCUGCAAGUAAUCUUCAACGUGAUCAAGAUGAUACUAGUGAUGAUUCAUCAACAAUAUCAACAAAAACACCAUCCAAAAUCUCACCAAGACGAGUAAAACGAACAAGUGAUCAAUGGUCAGAUGAUAAUGAUCAAUCAAAAAGUGAAUUAAAACCCGAAUCUCAUGGUUUAUUGAAUUUAUUUAAAGCAAAUCCAUUACAAUCUGAACGAAAGAAAACAAAUGAAUCUUCAGUAUUAAAUGAUCUUGCUGCGAAUGAUCCACUACGAACAGAUUCAAAGAAAUUAACAUCAACAAGCAAACCUACUACAUCUCAACAAGCACAACUACCAUCUUUCUUUGGUAUUGGACCUAGAAUCGAACGUGUAGGUAGUGAUAAUACAUCAACGAGUAUAUCAAUCGAUCAAUCAGUUAUACCAGCACAACGUACUCAAGAAAAUAAACCAUCAACAGCCAAACCAUAUACGACUACUGUACAUCAUAUUGUAUCAUCUACAAAAUCUUGGUCGGAUGAUACAACAACAGCACCACCACCACUACAUACAACAAAAGCUCUACCAACCAUAAGACAAAGAUCAUCAGAUGAUACAUGGAAUAUAUCACAAUCGGAUGAUGAUGAUGAUACUAGUGUUCCUAAAGUAAAAUCUGCCUUAUCUACUUUACAAAAAACAUUACCAUUUUCUCCAUCCAUCAAUCGCUCAAGUCAUAUCAAUAGUGAUGAUGAUGAUGAUGAUGAUUCAAUUGAAACCGAAAUGCGAAAACUUGAUUCAAAAAAGCCAGCAACGAACGCAACUACUCAAAAUUUAGUUAAUAAACAAAUUGGAAAUGGUUAUAAAGUAAUAGGUUUAUCUGAAGUUCAUUCACCUUUAAGUGAAGAUUCUUCAUGGACAGCAUCACCUGCACCAAUUAAUAAAGAAACUGCAACAACAAAACGUGUUCAAAAUUUAGUACACCACAUAGUUGAUUCAUCAUGGACAACAUCACAUGCACCAGUUAAUAAAGAAACAGCAGCAACAACAAAAAAAGGUGUACAAAAUUUAGUACACCAUAUAGAUGAAUCAUCCUGGUCAACAUCACAUGCACCAGUUAAUAAAGAAACAACAACAACAAAAGGUGUUCAAAAUUUAGUACAGCACGUAGAUGAAUCAUCCUGGACAACAACAUCACAUGCACCAGUUAAUAAAGAAAUAGCAGCAACAACAACAACAAAAGGUGUUCAAAAUCUAGUACACCACAUAGAUGAAUCAUCAUGGACAACAUCACAUGCACCAGCUAAUAAAGAAACAACAACAACAAAAGGUAUUCAAAAUUUAGUACGACACAUAGAUGAAUCAACAUGGGAUGAUUCUCGACCAUUGAGUCCUGAUACAAAACAAGUGAAAAGUUCGAAUACUGUAUCAAAUUUAAUAAUUUAUCCACAAAAACUUCCUGAAACACGAACAACAGGAACUGAAAAUCUAACAAAAAUGAUGAGUACAAUUAUGAAUUCAAAUACAAAACAAACAACACAACCAAAGCUUGUUGGUAAACUUAUUGUUUCAUCAAUGGUUGAACGUACAGAUUCAAAUUUAUCUGAAAAUACUUCACAUUUAACCGAUAAUGAGGAUGAUAAUGAACCAAGUUGGCAAAAGAAAAGUGAAGAAUGGUCUGUUACAGCUCCUAAUGGACAAGAUUUUAAAACGUUACAAAACUUGCCACGUUCAACAUUUCCUGGUGAUAUGCAUAAUUUACGUGAAUCAGUAUCAUCAACAAAAUCAUCGAUUAAUGAUUUAAAUGAAUUGAAAGAAAAUAUCAAGAGACUUGAACGUAAUCAAGAAGAUACUCAUGAAUUAAAACGACAAUUAAAAGAAAUGGAACAUAAAAAAAAUGAUUUUGAAAAAUUAUAUAAAGAAAAUAAUCAAAUGCUGAAUGAUGUUAAAAUGAAAUUAGAAUUCGAAAAAAAUGAAAAACAACGUUUACAAUCAACAACAAAAGAUUUAAAUCUAGAAUUAGAUCAAGUCAGACAUAAACUUCAUUCAUUAGAAGAUGAUAAAGAUUUAUUAAAUCAACGUUAUAUGAAAUUACAAGAAGAACGAGAUAAUCAUGAUAAAAAAUUACAGAUGCUUCAAAAGAAUAGUGUACAUUCAUCAUCAUCGAAUUCAUAUCAAGACAGUGAUGCUGAUACAAUAAGAUCUCUAACAGCUGAAAAUAAGGAAUUACAUCAUCGUACAAAACAAUUACAAUCUGAUGUUGAAUUACAUAAAGAAUCACUUGAUAUAACAAAACGUUAUAAAAUUGAUUUAGAAAAAGCAUUAGAAGAAAAAAACAUAUUUUCAACAGGAAUUAGAUCUUUACAAGAAGAAAUACGUGUUAUACUAUUUGAUCGAUCAAAACUUGAAAAAAAUCUAACUGGUGAAUUACAAGAACAUAUACAAGAAAAACAACGAUCAAGCGAUGAUAUUAAAAAAUAUCGAACAGAAAUUGAACAAUUAAAUAUUAAAUUAGGUGAUGCUGAAGCACGGUUACUUGUUUUACAAACACAAAAUGAAGCAUUAUUAGCAUCAAAAGAUCGAACUAUAAAACAUGAAUAUGAAUCACUUACAGAACGUUUAAAUAAGACAGAAUCAGAUAAAAACAAUGCAGAACAACGUUAUCAUGAUCAACAUAAACAUAUAACAAAUAAACAACAACAACAACAUUCUUUAGGUGCAUCGUUAGCUGCUAUUACAUCAACACCUUUGAGUCAUGGUGCACAUCCUCAACAAUCACCUACUUCAACAUGUUCAAAAUGUAGUUCAAUACAACGAAAUUAUGAACAAGAACGUGAACAUCGUAUGCAAACAGAAAAAGAUAAUGAAUCUUUACGUGAUACAUUAUCACGUCAAAAACAAUAUCAACAAUUAAAUCGAACAUUUCCACAAGAACAAACUGAUGAAAAUUAUCUUAUAGUUAAUUCACGACAAAUUCGUUCCGAUACUGAACGUGUGAAAUCUGAACUUGAUCGUUUACGUCAUGAUUUUGAUAGAUUAGUUGCAAAUUAUGAACCAACAAAUAAUAUUCAUCAACAAGCACAAUUACAUACACAAAUUGAUACAUUUCGUCAAUUUUAUGAACAAGAAUUUCGACAACGACAAUUAACUAUGUCAAAAAUAACUGCCGGUAUUAAACCAGCUAGAGUAAUUACUUAUCAUCGAUCAACAUCAUCAUCUAUGAAUCAUCAUCAUUUAUCUAAUGAAACAUCAACAUGUACAGCAUGUAUAAAUAGUCGUUUACUUAAAGAACGACUUGAAACUGCUAUUGAUACAAGUUUAGCUGAUCAACGUUAUCAAACAAUAAAACAAACUGUUCCAUUACCACGACAAGCAUCAGCAUUAUUAACCGUUAAUACAACUCAUAAUGGUUUAACAUCAUCCGUUGAAAUUUUAAGUCCACAUCGCGAUGUUUAA